AUGGCUGAAGUCUGUCCCAUUGUUGGCACCACCAACACCGUCCUUCCUCCCAAACAUCCCGAGUUCGAUCUCUCGGCACCAGGACUCGUCUGUCCUGUCACCAAGGCUACGACUGACCACCACCACAAUCUGAGCAAGCAUCCUGGCAUCUUCAACAACAGUGACGACCUCUCGAACGCCUCGUCGUGCCCUGCCCUCUCCAAGAUCGUGUCGCGGCCAGAGCAACAGGCCAUGGACGAAGCCAUCUGCCCAGUCGUCGGAACCGUGUCCUCGGUCCUUCCUCCAGACCAUCCUUCCACCGCAAACGCAAAGGAAGGCGACGUCUGCCCAGUCACCAAUGCCACCCUUGGCCAUCACAAAGGGAAGGUGCAUGAACACCCAAGUCUUCAGGCCGUUUCCAAGGAAGCCGUCUGCCCUGUGGUGCACAAACAUGCCUGA